AUGGUACGUCCUGGCGAGGUCGCUGUGUCGGAUAUCAGCGCAGCUCGAGAGAUUCAUCGAGUGGGCGGGAAGUAUUUGAAAUCGCCAUGGUAUCAGACACUCACGGCCAAGGGAGUUCACAACCUUUUUAACACAAACGAUCCACAAUUCCAUGGGCGUCACCGGCGUCUUCUUUCUAUGCCAAUGUCUGAUACCUCGCUCCGCGUGGUGGAACCGUUGGUCGAUUCAAGGAUCCAGUUCACUAUUCAGCGUAUGAAAGGUGACAUGGAACGAGCAGGCGUUGUUAAUGUCCAUAAAUGGUGGAUCCUCAUGACAAGCGACAUUAUCGGUGAGUUGAGCUUUGGGGAAUCACUUGGCUUACUAGAGAUUGGAAAGGAAAGUCAAUUCAUCACUGAUCUCAAGGCUAUCGGUAUGAUGGAAGGCCUAAAUACCACUUUCCCUUCUCUUGUAAAGCUGGCCAGUAUCUUCCCUCUCCCUUUCAUUCCAAAUGUGGUAUCUGGUGGCCACCGAAUGGUGCAGUACGCCAAUGAAGCCAUUACUCGCUACAAGAAACAGCUUGUCACCAAUGCCGAAAACCCGAAAGUGUCGCUUUUUACCAGGCUCUACAACGAAACUGCAGACGGGCUAACCGACGCCGAGAUUAGAGACGAAGCUCUCAGCUAUAUCAUCGCAGGAAGCGAUACGACUGCCACCUCCCUGACAUAUCUCGUGUGGGCUGUUUGUCGUAAUCCCAAUAUUAAGACAGCCUUGCUGGAGGAAGUGAACUCUCUUCCCGCCGACUUCAAUGACCAAGACACUCGCCAACUGUCGUACUUGGGCCAAGUUAUCAAUGAGACACUCCGUCUGUAUGCAGCAGCACCAUCUGCGCUACCCCGGGUGGUGCCAUCUGGGGGUAGAAUGCUUGCUGGCCACUUUGUCCCAGAAGGGAUCACUGUCAGCACUCAGGCUUACUCUCUACACCGAGAUCCAACGAUAUUCCCAGAACCAGAUAGGCAAGUCCACAUCCCGUUACAAACUGUAUUGCUCUUGGUCAGACCCCGACUUACUUUGCUUAGGUUUAAUCCAUCUCGCUGGGAAAACGCAACAAAGAUGAUGAAAGAUGCGUUUAUGCCAUUUGGUGGAGGAUCUCGCAGUAAGUCCAGAUAA